UUUACCUUCUCUUAAAUAGUGUGUUUCAGGUUUAGUAAUAAUAUGUUAAGCGAGAUUAUGAAUCUUGAUGAAACAUGAAUUAAAAAUGUAAUAAAAAUAAAAUUUGUUCCUACGAAAUAUUAUUUUGUAUCGAAAUAAUGAAAACGUUUAUUUCGAUUUAAGUUAACGGGCAAUUAAAUCUGAUACGUCGUUAGUUAAUUUUAAUAGCGUUGUUCAGUUUAUAUUGAUUUGUUAUAUUAAUUUUAAAAAUGGCGGCGCAAGGUUUACCUACGAAAAUGAAGGAAUUACGUUUACCCAUUUCAAGAGUUAAAACUAUAAUGAAAAGUUCGCCUUACGUAGACACGGUUGGACAAGACGGAUUAUAUUUAGUUACAAAAGCUACGGAAUUAUUUAUUCAUUAUCUGACAAUAGAGGCUCAUAUGCAAAAUAAUAAAGGAAAUAAUUUAGAUUAUAAGCAUUUGGCAGAGGUAGUACAGACAAAUGAAACGUUGGAAUUUCUACGUGAAAUAAUGCCUCGGAAAAUUACAGUAAGGCAAUUUAAAGAGAUGAUGGCAGCCAAAUCAUCGACCAGUAGUUCUUCGGAUGAAAGUAGCUCGGAUUCAGAUAGUGAUAGUGAAUCUGAUACUGACUCUUGUUCUAAUAGCGACACAAAGGAUGAUAAUGAAAACUCAUCGGCUAGUGAACAUGAAUUAGAAACACAAGAAAAUGGUAAAAGUAGUUAUAGUGAUAAAAGUGACAGCGAUGAGGAAUCUAAGAGGUAGAAAUAAAUAAAUAGAAUCUAAUUCUAUUACAUUUAUAAGUAUUUUAGAAAAUAUUUUAUCUACUAUUUUAUUUUUAAGACAUCUUAAUAAAGAAAUCAUAUUAUAUCUUUAUCAUUCUUAUUUGUUAAUAGCUCUUAUUAUUUAAAAAUCAUUAUUAAAGUUAAAGAUUAAAAAUAUGAAAAUUCAGUUAGAGUCUAAGAUUAGCAGAAAAUAUAAAAUUAUUUGUAUUUUUACUCACAUACAUACAUUAUUAGUGCGAUAACUUUUAGAAAACAAAAUUUCUUUAAAAAUAAAUACAUUUUAUCAUCUUUAAAUUUCAUAUAUUUCUAAAGAAAAUUGUAAUUUUCAAUUUUUUUUAUUUACGUUACAAUAAUGUCUUUUGUAUAAUGUAUCUAUUUAUUUUAACAAAGUGACAAUUUCGAUAAUAAAUUAAAAGCAAAGAAAA